AAUUCUCAUUUUAGGGGUAAUUUCGAUGAAGAAGUGUUGCAUGGAGAUUCGAGAGUGACGUGGUUGGUCGCCCACUACGCGACUUGGUCCCCAGCUUGUGACCAGUUCGCACCGACGUUCCGUCGCCUUUCACACACCUACGGCUGUGACUUUUUCAAGUUUGGCAAGUUGGAUGUGACGAGGUAUCCUGAAACGGCCAAGGAGCAGCAUGUGUCGGAUUCGCCGUACAGUCGACAGUUGCCGACCCUGAGUCUGUUCAAGGGUGGAAAAGAAGUC